ACAAACUUAAGAAUUUUUCAAACCUCCCAUACAAUUUUUAAAUUAAUUUUCAUUCUCUUUUCUUAAUCGACCUAGAUACGAAACCGAUGUUAACGUACGGCUUGACAAAGUACGUGUAAUAAUAACGGACAACGAAGUUGACAGUUGAUGAAUGUCAUUCUCUCACUCUCACAGUGCACUUGCACUCAAAUCUCAACUCUUCUCCUUGGCACGUAAGAACCCAUUCAUCACAAAGAAACUCCACGCACAAAUCAUCAAAUCUGGUCUCAACCAACACGAACCCUUCCCCAAAACUCUCAUUGACGCAUACGGCAAAUGUGGUCUUCUCCAAGAUGCACUCAAGCUGUUCGACGCAUUGCCUCACCGAGACCAUGUUGCUUGGGCUACUGUCCUCUCCGCCUGCAACCUCUCAAACCUCCCAUACAAAGCUUUAUCCAUCUCACGUUCCAUUCUCAAUGAAGGGUUGCAGCCAGACCACUUUGUUUUCUCUUCCCUCAUCAAGGCUUGUGCUAACUUGGGUGGUUGUUAUAUCAAGCAAGGGAAACAACUCCAUGCUCGUUUCUUGCUUUCACCUUACUCUGAAGAUGACGUUGUGAAGUCUUCGCUUGUUGAUAUGUAUGCGAAAUUCGAGUUGCCUGAUUAUGGGCGUGCUGUUUUUGAUUCGAUUUUUAUGUUGAAUUCGAUUUCUUGGACUGCGAUGAUAUCUGGGUAUGCGCGAAGUGGACGGAAGGUUGAGGCUUUAGGAUUGUUUCGGAAAUCUCCGUUUAAGAAUUUGUAUGCUUGGACUGCUUUGAUAUCUGGGUUGGUUCAGAGUGGGAAUGCAACUGAUGCACUUUACUUGUUUGUUGAAAUGAGGCGCGAAGGGGUUAGUAUUGCUGACCCUUUAGUUCUUUCGAGUGUGGUUGGUGCUUGUGCUAAUUCAGCUGUUUGGGAGCUUGGAAAACAGAUCCAUUGUGUAGUCAUAACCCUUGGCUAUGAGUCUUGUUUGUUUAUAAGUAAUGCACUUGUAGAUAUGUAUGCCAAAUGCAGUGACCUUGUUGCGGCUAAAUAUAUAUUCUGUGAGAUGAGAAGAAAGGAUGUUGUUUCUUGGACUUCGAUAAUUGUUGGCACUGCUCAGCAUGGGUUGGCUGAGGAGGCCUUGACUUUGUAUGAUGACAUGGUUUUGGCUGGGAUUAAGCCAAAUGAGGUGACUUUUGUUGGGUUGAUCUAUGCCUGUAGUCAUGUUGGUCUAGUUAGCAAGGGUCGUGCUUUGUUCAAGUCUAUGGUUCAAGAUUUUGGAAUUAGGCCGUCUUUGCAGCACUAUACUUGUUUGCUAGAUCUUUUUAGUCGAUCAGGACACCUUGACGAUGCAGAGAAUCUCAUCAGAACAAUGCCGGUCAAACCUGAUGAACCAACUUGGGCUGCAUUACUCAGUGCUUGUAAGCAGCAUGGUAACAUUAACAUGGCAGUUAGAAUUGCUGAUAAUCUAUUGAACUUAAAACCAGAGGACCCUUCCAGCUAUAUAUUGUUAUCUAAUGUAUAUGCCGGAGCUGGUAUGUGGGAGAAUGUUUCAAAGGUUCGGAAGUUAAUGAUGGUCAAGGAAGUUAAAAAAGAGCCAGGUUAUAGCUCCAUUGACUUGGGAAAGGAAAGCCAGGUGUUUUAUGCCGGAGAGGCAUCUCAACCCAUGAAAGAUGAGAUUCUAGGUUUGAUGAGAAAAUUAGAUGCAGAAAUGAGGAAAAGGGGUUAUGUUCCUGAUACUAGCUUAGUUUUGCAUGACAUGGAUCAACAAGAGAAGGAGAGACAACUUUUCUGGCAUAGUGAGAGAUUGGCUGUGGCCUAUGGGCUUCUCAAGGCUGUUCCGGGGACUACUAUACGUAUAGUGAAAAAUCUUCGUGUUUGUGGAGAUUGUCACACUGUGCUGAAGCUCAUCAGCACUAUAACAAGUAGGGAAAUUUAUGUUCGGGAUCUCAAAAGAUAUCACCAUUUUAAGGAUGGGAAUUGUUCAUGUAACGACUUCUGGUGACUUGGAAGAAUUUCCAUAGACUAUUAAAGGCCAAAAAGGGUGUUUAUAUGUUCUAAGAACCCGGUCUAUGUUAUUAUGGGUAUGCAACCUUAUGCAUGGCCAGUACUAUUUAUUUGACAUGAUACAUGUGCUCAAGAGUUGACAAAAAUUGUGUUAAUGUUAAGGGCCUUCUUUUUUGCAAUAUUUUAUGGGUUAACUUAUGUGUGCAAGAACUCAUGCUGGUACAUGUUCUUUGCUUCUAUAUGUCAUAGCAGGAAGAAAGACUGAGAGGAGCAUCAAAAGUUAUGAAUAAGUUCUUACUCUGAUUCAAGAAAUCAAUAUCAAUAUUAUUUGUUAUUCUUCUACAUUUCCCCCCUUCAGCUGCAUAAUAUUACAAAAGAAGUGGUGAGUUUAUAGUUUAUGGCUUACGUCACAACCAAGUCGCCGAGCAGCAAUAACAGGUGAAGUUUCUGUUAAACCAUAUCCAUUCUGCAAGUUUACACCAAUAGCCUGCAUAUGAGUAAGAAAAUGUGAGAAGAACGCCAAAAACAAAAUCCUGUUUGGGAGUAACAAAGGUGAGAAAUAUCAAACCUCAAAAAAUUUGUCGACAUGAGAAGGUAAGCUACCCCCACCACUUAUUGCAGCCUGCAGAAGGUUUCGCUUAUCGUGAACAGAAAAGUGAUGCAUUUCCAAAUCACGAAUAAUAGUAGUACAAAAUACAAUACCGUUGA